ACCCCACCCACGCCCCUCUCUCUCUCUGUGUGCCACUCGAGCCAUGGACAGCAUCGGCGAAGGUUGCACGGAGCUGAAGCGGGCCUACGACCGCUGCUUCAAUUCGUGGUUCUCGGAGCGCUUCCUCAAGGGCGAACAUCGGAGCGGCGCAGACCCUUGCGCGGAGAUCUUCAAGGGCUACCAGACGUGUCUCAAGAAAGCCAUCAAGGAGCAGAACAUUCCGCUGGACGGUCUGGAGUUCAUGGCGGGCGACGAAGAGUCAAAUGACUCGAGCAAAAGCUGAAGGAGGGAACGUCCGUCGACAAAGCGCCACGGUGGCUAGGAGAUGUUAACUGCCUCGCCUGCAAAUUUCCGCACGUCGAGAGGCCGCUGCCGUUGGGCGAUGCACGUGCGACGGCCAGGUGCGCCUCUGAAAAAGAGCUCGCAGAGAGGGCCUCAGCGCGUUGAAAUUUUCAGUUUCAUGCCACAGACGGGACCCGGCAUCAUCGACCACUGCCGGAAGAAGCUCCACCCCAAGCCCCACCAGCGACCGCCCGCCACUCGCGAUCCUACGGCGUGGGCCAAUCCGCCUAGCGGCUCCACGCGGGGCGAUUUCACCGCUCCAUCUCCUCCGUGGACAUUAAAAAAAAAUUCUCAUUGGGAUCGCAUAUCAUCACUAGCCCCCCGACCGUCUUACGUGUGUGUGUGUGUUUUGAACCGAGGGUUUGCGGUGGUGUAGCUAUUGGCGCGCUGCACGAACUACCCGCCGGCCCGAAUUCGAUUCCAGCUCAAGGUCAACACCAGUGACGAUUAUCUGAACCGGUUCUGGGCCUCCGCUAGGUCGACUCGGCCUCAAAUAUGUA